AUGAAUAGUUACAAGCCUCUAUCUCGCUACCACUUCGUUUUGUUCUGCCUUACAAUCUUAAAUGGUGUUGUUCAAGGGCCUUACAAAGAUGGAGACAUUAUUUUGGGUGGUCUUUUAAGGGUUCAUUUGAGAGGAGAUUCUGAAAACCAAUGCGGUAACCUUGACGUUAGGGGCUUAAACCGCGUGUUCGCCAUGAUAUUUGCUAUUGAGAAGAUAAACAACGAUUCAAACCUACUCCCAAACAUAUCUCUUGGCUACGAUAUACGAGAUUAUUGCGAAAUUGCCCUAAAGGCUACGCGGAUCUCUUACGAUCUUAUUAAAAGCAAGCUCCUCACGAACCUAACGCGAGGUAAACUUGGAAAGAAAUCGAUCACGGCUCUAAUCGGUCCGGACGACUCUAGCUCCGCUGUUGUUAUCGCUGGACUUCUUCAAGUCUUAAAUGUUUCAGUUAUUAGUCCGACUGCGACCAGUCCUGAACUAAGCGCUCAAACUUAUCAGUAUUUGUAUCGAACGGCGCCUUCAGAUGCUUUCAAAGGAAAAGCCAUGGCUGACCUCAUAGAGUACUUCAAGUGGAGUUAUGUAGCCGCCGUUGGACAAGAUGACUCAUAUGGACGAAAUGGGCUGUGGUCAGUAGUCAGAGAAGCUGAAGCUAGAAACAAUUCAUACUGCCUUGCCAUGACGAAAUUUAUAUCCUACGAAGGUCGCAUUUUGAACAUAAGAAACAUUGUUACAACGCUUCGUCGGUACGAAAACAUCAGAGUUGUAAUUUUAUGGUUACACGGCACCUACGCAAAGGACUUUUUCACUGAGGUCUACAGACAAAACCUGACUGGCCGAGUCUGGAUCCUAAGCGAUGUAUUCAUUUCUGACUCCAUUCCAGGUUUUUCGUCCAUUUUUGAUGGAUCCAUAGUAGUCAAGCCUCAUCGUUUUUCCGCCGAAACAGAAUUUGAAGAACGUAAAAAAGCUUUAACUAUCAAAACGAUAAACCAAACCUUCCCAGAAUGGUCGAGCGAGAUAAAGACGCUGAUAACAAAUUGCUCGGCAAGUAAUGAGAAUGCAAAUUCAAUGGAGCAAUGUUUCCAUGAUUUUGUUCAACGCAUGCAGAGUUCUUACACUCCCUACGUCAUUGACGCUGUUUAUUCAAUGGCACAUGCUUUAAACGUCUUAUUUGAAAACGCCACAGUGAAAGAUAUCGAUUACAAGCUGAAACGCACUAUGGAUAUUAAUGUGAAGAAGGGCCUCCUUUCUAGAGUUAGUUUUGUUGGACUUACGGGGAAUGUAAGUUUUGAUAAAGAUGGCGACAGACAAUCGGUCUUGUACGACAUUGUCAAUUUUCAACAAGUGGAAGAAGGCCAUACUAAGCGACUAGAACAAGUUGUUGUCGGAAAAUGGAAAGAGAAUGAGCCCCAUGCCAAACGGCUACAUUUUUCCCAAGAGAUUCACUGGAACUCUCCAACUAACCAACCUCCAAAGUCUGAAUGCUUGGAGCAAUGCCCUGCUGGAACUAGAAAAUCCAUAACUUCACCCUGUUGUUGGAACUGUGUCGCAUGUCCUCGUGGCACAGUCAAUCCAAUUCCUGGCUUGGAGACCUGCAUUGAAUGUCCCAGAGGAAAAAAAUCCAAUGAAGCCAGGACCCAUUGCGUGGAUCUACCAAGGUCCAAUCUCAAGUAUUCCAGCCCAGGAGGAAUAGCUAUUGUUGUAUUUACUGUUGCUGUGAAAUCUCGUAGCCGCGAUGGAAUGGACCAGUCGUUUGUCAACAAAGAAAACAGACGGCCUUUCGUGACUUCUCAGUAUCAAAAGAGAGUGCACCAGAACGAAGAAGAAGACGAAACAUGCGACGAAGGUUGUCAAUCAAUGUGUCGGUUGUUCAAUCCAGACGGAGACUGCUCCCAUUGCGGAUGUGAUGAUGAGCAACAAAACCAAGCUCAGGAUCAGAAAAGAGUGCACCAGGAAAAAGAAGAAGAAGACGAAACAUGCGACCAAAAUUGUCAAUCAAUGUGUCGGUUGUUCAAUCCAGACGGAGACUGCUCCCAUUGUGGAUGUGAUGAUGAGCAACAAAACCAAGCUCAGGAACAGAAAAGAGUGCGCCAGGACAAAGAAGAAGAAGAAGACGAAACAUGCGACGAAGGUUGUCAAUCAAUGUGUCGGUUGCUCAAUCCAGAUGGAGACUGCUCACAUUGCGGAUGUGAUGAUGAGCAACAAAACCAAGCUCAGGAUCAGAAAAGAGUGCACCAGGAAAAAGAAGAAGAAGACGAAACAUGCGACCAAAAUUGUCAAUCAAUGUGUCGGUUGUUCAAUCCAGAUGGAGACUGCUCUAAUUGCGGCUGCAAGUGA